AUGCUUGCAUUCAGAUCUAUACCCAGCACCUUGAAGGUCACGAGGACCAGCAGCUGCAGUCUUUUCCACACCUCCGCCAAGGUGUCUGCAGGACACUCCAAAUGGGCAAACAUCAGACACGACAAGGCCAAAAAUGACGCCAAACGGUCCAAAGAAGCGUCUAUGCUUGCCAGCAAGAUCGAAAGCAGUGUCAAGGUGGGAGGAGCAGAAGCAAACGCCCAGCUAGACGCAUUGGUGGAAAAAGCAAAGAAGUUGAACGUCACCAAGAAGAUCAUUGAAAGUGCCAUCAAGAGAGGCACUGGAGAAGUCAAGCACGACGGUCCAGUGGUGGCAGAAGUCCAGUACGAGUUUGUGGGUCCAGGAGGUGUUGCCUUUAUUGUGAAUGCCUCCACUGACAACAAGGCCAGAACCGUGUCGUUGGUCAAAUCGACCCUCAAAGAGUUCAACGCCUCGUUGAGUCCGUGUCUCUAUCUCUUCCAGAAAAAGGGAGAAAUCAUUUUCGAGGCCAAGAACGAAGACGAGACCUUGGACGACGUUUUUGAGGUUGCCAUCGAGAUCGGAGCCGAAGAUGUGGAGGAGUUUGUGGAUGUUGAUAACGAGUACGAUGCAGGCAAACUCUACAAGAUCACCACGGAACCAUCGGAGUUAUUCAACGUGAGUAACGCAUUGGCGAAGACCCACAAGCUUAAGGACUCAAAGACGACAUACAUCACUGAGCCAGACAACGAGGUGCCAUUUCCCGAGGAUUACCAGAAGGGAUUCAAGAAAUGUAUUGAAGGCUUGGAGUCCAUUGCUGAGGUGACGGAAUACUGGACCAAUAUCCAAGAGUAG